AUGACGAAGUCCAAAAAACUUGAAAUAUUAAAAAUUCAAAGUGAAUUUCAACAAUUUUGCCAUAAAUCUCGAAUGGCAUUAAUCGAAAUAGCAGAUGAUAGUGAUAUCGAUGAUGAUGAACGUGAACGUUUUUUAUUUACUUUAAGUGCAAAAAAUGUUGACGAUUUCAUUAAUGGUCGGCUUGCUUGUGAACCGAAUAAAAAAAAGAACAGCAUCAUUUGA